AUGCGAACGCGCUCUGGGAAGGACAGCUUAGAGCCACUCGAUCUCGAACUUGAGCGACUAGCAAUGGCGGACGAAGAUAACAGAACUGAGCUGAAGAUGUUACAGGCCCAAGUGAAGCUCCUGAUGGAUGAGAAGAUCGCUAGAGGGGCGCAGGAGAAGAAAAACAGGGUUAUAGUUCCUGUUAUGCAAAUGUUUAAUCACGGGAAUAUUCUUACUUUUCCCGAGGGCCCUCGUAUCGAUGCUAAUAAUUUUGAGCUGCGCAUACCCCUUAUUCAAAGGGUUGAGCAACAUCCUUUUGCAGAUUAUGCUAAAGAGUGGUUUGAGUGUCUACCUACAGAGCAAGCCUCCACAUGGAAGGAUAUAGUGGCAUCAUUCCUCGACAAAUACUAUCCGCCAGGCACCAUACUGAAACUGAAGAGUGAAAUAUUCCAAUUCAUUCAGCGCCCAGACGAUCCCCUUUAUGAGGCCGUUGCUCGUUUCAAAGGGCUCCUCCGCAAGUGCCCCAACUAUGGUUUCACCGUGGACCACCAGGUAGACAUUCUAUAUAAUGUUUUCAAUGAGCAAAACUGUGCUAUGUUGGAUUCAGGGGCCAAAGGAGGAUUUCUACGGAAGAGCGGAGCGGAGGCCAUGGCAGUGAUAGAGGAAUUUUCCACCAACAGCCGCGGGUGGUCAAAGGAGAAGCAUCAAUCUAGAAGGGUUGCAGUCGUAGAAGCAGCCGAUGAUAGCUCAUUUGCAAAGGAGUUGGUCAAGGUUAGGGUGAAUCAGAUGGAUACAUCGAGGAGAGAAGAUCCGGUUCCACCGACUUCCGUUAUCGCAGUCACCAAACCCGACGCUCCUUCCACUCCCACCGAGGAUGGGGGCGGUAAUUACAACAAUUAUAAUGGGAAUCGUCCUCACCCCGACCUUUCGUACCCUAGCAAUAAUUUCUUGCAACCCCCUGCAGGAUUUAAUGUGAGUAAAGGUGGAGCAGUUGAGCCCGCAAAGAAGGAGGAGAGAUACGAGGCAGGGAUCAUGAAAAUCCUAGAAGUGCUAGUGCGAGAUAGGAAGACCAACGACACCAAGAUUGGAGUCGUGGAAGUAAGGUUCAACAACCUCGAGGCUGGAAUAAACACGAUUACUACCGCAGUCACCUCCAUCAAAACUCAAAUGGACCAAGUCCAACAAAAGAUAGAUGAGGACAAGGCAGCAGCACGAGUGGUUGACAUCAACAAAAAGUGGGUUGCGAAGCAAAAAAUGGGGGCAGAAAGCAGCUCUGGGGCGCAAACUGGAGUCUACCCGACGCCCAGCAGGCCGCUGCAAGCUACGCAGUGGGCCGCUACCGAUCCGGUAGAAACACCCGCGAAGAAAGAUGCUCUCGUGGGCCACAAUGCGAUUGAAAUACCUAGGUAUGCAAAACUACUUAGGGAGGCCGUUAUGAGAAAGAAGAAGCCUACGAAAGCAGAUCUUAAGUUGCCAUUUCAUUGCAGUGAGAUCAUUCGACGAGAGAAGGCAGUGAAGCAGAGGGAUCCCGGCCAGUUCAACAUCUGUUGUUCAAUCGGGCAAAGAAAGGUGGACAAAGCGCUCUACGAUCUUGGAGCUAGUAUCAACAUCAUGCCACUCAAGUUAGUUGAUAACUCUGCAAUUAAGGUGGUGGGGAUGAUCGGGGAUGUGUUGGUAAAAGUAGAUGAUUUGAUUUUCCCCGCUGAUUUCAUUAUACUUGAUAUGAAAGUUGAUAAAAAUGUGUCUCUAAUCCUCCGCAGAGACUUUCUUGCCACAAGCAAAUCUCUUAUUGAUGUAGGUAGGGGGGAGAUCACGCUUAGCGACAAUGCUAGCAAGUCCACCUACAAGAUAGAGAGCGAAGUGCUCAAAUACGAGGAGGACAAAGAGCCAAGAUGGAGUACGAGUGUAGGGUCGUGA